AUGCAUAGUGCCCUCCUUCCACGGGGCUACAACUUUAUCAUGACCAUAAAUCCUCCCGACCUCCUCAACCACUACUAUGCAGGGGCAGCUCAGAUGAAUGUGGUAGGUCCCGAGCUGGUCAGGCGCUAUGAGAGUCUGCUCCCCUUGCUGAACGCGACAAAGGCAGCGAACGAAAAGCUGUCCAGCCAACAUGAAGCUGUCGUAGCGGAAGCGGAGAGCCUGAGGAGGCAGCUCGCGCAGGUCCACACGAACUUCAAGCUGGAGUUGAAGAAGAAUGCUGAACUGACCUCCCAGCUGAAGGACGAGUCCGAGCUGGUCAGGCGCUAUGAGAGUCUGCUCCCCUUGCUGAACGCGACAAAGGCAGCGAACGAAAAGCUGUCCAGCCAACAUGAAGCUGUCGUAGCGGAAGCGGAGAGCCUGAGGAGGCAGCUCGCGCAGCAGAAGGGCGCCGAGCAGGUCGCAGCUGCUAGGGAGGCAGGUCGCCAGGCUGGUGUUCGGGAGUUCCUGAGAUCGGAGGACUUCAUGGGCGAUUUGACGAUCCUAAAUACUCCUGUGCUUCAGCAUAUGUACGCCAAGGCUCUGGUAGAGGUGCAAGAGUUGAACCAACCAAGGUUCGACUUGGGAAAAUUUUCGAGCUACAACCCUAAUGCUCUGGAGCAAAUCGACCGCCUGGUGGAGGGCUAUUCACGCUGGCGCAAGCUGGCAGAUCUAGUGGCUGAUUCUUCUUUGCCGAUGGAUACAAGUAUGACAUAUCCAAAUUCAAUCAGUAUUGAAGAAGAUGGUGAUACAGGGAGUAGUGAUAGCAUCGAGGAAACAGGCCACACAAAUCAUCAAUCUCAAUGCCCUGACACUAGUGCAAUUGGGAAAAAGAAAUUACCUCCAAAAGCUACAAUCAAUAUGCCUGGCAAGAAGAGGAGAUUAAGUUCAGAAGUUUGGGAUUACUUCGACAUUAUUCCCAAAAAGGAUCCAAACGAUGAGUUGAAGUGCAGAUGCAAGAAAUGUGGGAAUGAAUAUUCUGCUGAGAGUAAAAGUGGGACAGGUAAUUUGCAUCGACAUGUAAAGAGGUGUGUAAAAAUGACAACAAAGGACAUUGGACAGUAUCUAAUCACUUCUGACAAAGGUGCUCUUGCCACACGAAAUGCACAAUUUAGUCAAGAUAAAUUUAGAGAAUUACUUGUGCAUGCCAUAGUAAGACAUGAGCUGCCAUUUUCAUUUGUGGAGCAUGAGGGAAUUAAAAAUGUCCUUACAUAUUUGGAGCCUCAAAUUAAACAUAUCACUAGGAACACAGCCAAGUCGGACGUUAAAAAAUUGCAUGCAAAGGAAGUUAAUAGACUUGGUAGUGAAUUGCGGGGAUGUCCUAGUCGAAUAUGUUUAACUUCUGAUGCAUGGACAUCUAUUGUUACUGAUGGAUACUUGAGUUUGACUGCACACUUCAUUGAUAGCAAUUGGCUGCUACAGAAAAAAAUUCUGAAUUUUUCUUAUAUGCCUCCUCCCCAUAAUGGUGUUGCAUUAGCUGAAAAAAUUUACAGUUUGGCUAGUAGUUGGGGUAUUGAAAGGAAGUUGUUUGCCAUCACAUUAGACAAUGCUUCUGAAAAUGAUUCUUGUGUUGCAAUACUUAAGAAUCAGCUUAAGUUGAAAAAUUCUUUAAUUUGUGAUGGUAUGUUGUUUCAUGUGAGAUGUUGUGCACAUAUUCUCAACUUGAUUGUGCAAGAUGGUUUGAAAGAAAUUGAUAAAUCUGUGGAGUUAAUAAGAGAAUGUGUCAAGUAUGUCAAGGGUUCUCAAACAAGGAAGUUAAGGUUCACCGAAUGUGUAACACAGACUUCUCUUGAUUCCAAAAAAGCCUUAGUUCAAGAUGUUCCUACUAGGUGGAACUCCACAUAUAGAAUGCUUUCCAGUGCACUUUAUUAUCGCCUUGCAUUUUGUCACUUACAAUUAAGUGAUUCAAAUUUUCGGAGCUGUCCAUCUCUUGAAGAAUGGGGAAGAGUUGAAAAAAUUUGUAGUUUUCUUCAAGUUUUUUAUGAGGCAACUAAUGCUUUUUCGGGGUCCAAGUAUCCAACUAGUAACUUGUACUUUCCUCAAGUUUUUAAGAUUCAAUUGAAGCUGUCUGAGGAGUGCAAUAGUUCAGAUGAUUUUAUGAAGAGGAUUGCUUCCCAAAUGUUUGUGAAGUUUAACAAAUAUUGGUCUGAGUUCAAUCUCUUGUUGGCAAUUGCUGUGGUAUUUGAUCCCCGGUAUAAAUUUCAGUUUAUUGAAUUUAGUUAUAAUAAGCUAUAUGGUCCGGGGUCUAAUAAAUUAGUCAAGGUUAGGAAUGCACUUUUUGAUGUCUAUAAUGAGUAUGUGAAGAUUUCCAACACACCUGGUGCAUCAUCUUCAUGCUCUCGAGGCAGCAAUGAAGUUUAUUCUCCUCAUGGAGCCAAGGAACAAGAAGACAACCAAUCAUUUGAUAUUUUAGAGGAAUUUGAUCAAUUUGACACCUUUGAAUUUGCCUGUGGUGCACAAAAAAGUCAAUUGGAAUUGUAUUUAGAUGAGCCAAGAGCUAAACGAUCCUCACAUAUUAUUGUUCUUGAUUAUUGGAAAGCACAACAAUUUCGAUUUCCAUAUUUGAGUAAAUUGGCAAGGGACAUUCUAUGUGUUCCAGUAUCAACCGUUGCUUCUGAAUCUGCAUUUAGUCUUGGUGGUAGAAUUUUGGAUCAAUUUCGUAGUUCACUUUCACCCCAAAUUGUUGAGGCUUUAGUUUGCACUAAGGACUGGUUAUUUGGAGAUAAAAGUGAAGGAUCUCUAAAUAUGAAUUUGGAGGAUUUAACUCAAAAUAUCAUGUCUCUAAAUAUCAACAAGGAUGAGGUUGAUGCAACAAUAAUUGAGGAUUCAAAUUCUAAUGUUGUUAAUCUCUAA